AGAUUCUACAAAAAAAAUAUAUACUUAUAGUUCAGUGAAAUGGGAGCCGCCUUGGGCAAGCUCUGUUCAGCUUCAAGUGUACAAGCAGUUGGAUCUGUUCUUGACAGAGUUAUUUCACAACCUAGUAGCGAAGACCACACUGUUCUAUACAAACUUGCUGAUUAUAAAAAAGGUGGACUUCUGUUGGAGACCUACACAAAAGGUGGUAUGAUGGCGGCAGAAAGAUUAAUACGUGAAGAGUUCUCGGCAUAUAUGUACGCGGGGGGAAGAGGAAGGGUUAUCAACAGGGCAGAAUAUUUACGGUGGAAAUUUAGGGAUCAGGAACAAGUGGUAUUGCCAAUAGAAGCCUCACUCUCUCCUCACGAUCCGCUCGCACAAUGGGAAGAUCACACCGCUUGUUGGCAGAUGAGUUAUCGUGGAGCGCUCGGGGAGUCCCUUUUACAUGUUCUCAUUAUAUGCGACACCAAGAUACACACGCGCUUAGCGCGAACACUCGUAAAAUGUUUCCCUAAAUUGUCAUUGGACGUUGUUGAAGGUGAAGAGUAUUUGGGUGCUAGUUCCUUGCAUUUAGCCAUAGCGUAUAGCAAUAAUGAAUUAGUACAAGAUUUAGUGGAAGCUGGAGCAGACGUCAAUCAAAAAGCUAUUGGUAGUUUCUUUCUGCCACGGGACCAACAGCGUGUCCCUCCAGCUCGUCAGACAAAUUACGAAGGUCUAGCGUAUCUGGGAGAGUAUCCACUUGCCUGGGCUGCAUGUUGCGCUAAUGAAGCAGUAUACAACCUUCUUUUGGACUCUGGAGCUGAUCCUGAUUCGCAAGAUUCUUUUGGAAACAUGAUACUUCAUAUGGUUGUAGUUUGUGAUAAAUUGGACAUGUUUGGCUAUGCGCUCCGUCAUCCAAAACUUCCAGCAAGUAACGGCAGAUUAAAUAAAGCUGGUUUUACACCGUUAACAUUGGCUUGCCAGUUGGGUAGAGCUUCUGUCUUUAGGGAGAUGUUAGAACUUUCUUCUAGAGAGUUUUGGAGAUAUUCUAACAUUACGUGUUCUGCUUAUCCUCUAAAUGCAUUGGAUACGCUUUUACCGGAUGGACGAACUAACUGGAACUCCGCUCUCUUCAUUAUCCUUAACGGUACAAAACAAGAGCAUCUAAAUAUGCUCGAUGGAGGAAUAAUUCAAAGACUUUUAGAAGAAAAAUGGAAAACAUUUGCAAGGACGAAAUUUCUCAAGCGUCUUCUCAUUUUAAUGCUGCAUCUUCUUUUACUCUCAAUCUCCGUGUAUCUAAGACACAGUAGUCUAGAAGCCGAUGCUCAUCCCGACUGGGGACUCGAAGCGAACGACGCGAGAAGUGGGAUACGGCUUGCGACGGAGUUGGGUACUAUUAUUAGUACAUUGUGUUAUAUUAUUCUGCAACAGGGGGAUGAAAUUAAGAAUCAAGGUCUUAUUGCUUAUUUCAAGCAGUUGAUUCAUGAACCGGCGAAAUUUAUAUUUCUGGCAUCGAAUUUGCUACUAUUGGCUUGUAUUCCAGCAAGGUUAAGUAGACGAACGACACUCGAAGAAGCGAUACUUAUUUUCGUUUUACCUGGAUCUUGGUUUCUACUUAUGUUUUUUGCUGGAGCAGUGAAAUUAACUGGUCCAUUCGUUACUAUGAUCUACAGUAUGAUCACUGGUGACAUGUUCACUUUCGGCAUCAUCUACUGCAUUGUACUAUUUGGAUUUUCACAGUCGUUCUAUUUUUUGUACAGAGGUUUUCCUAAUGUACAGUCAACUUUAUUCUCAAGUUAUCCCAGUACGUGGAUGGCUCUGUUUCAAAUUACAUUGGGCGAUUACAGUUACUCUGAUCUCGGUCUAACGACAUACCCGAAUCUCGCUAAAACAGUGUUCGCUGUUUUCAUGGUAUUCGUGCCAAUAUUGUUGCUAAACAUGCUCAUAGCUAUGAUGGGCAAUACAUAUGCUCACGUCAUCGAGCAGUCUGAAAAGGAGUGGGUGAAGCAGUGGGCGAAAAUAGUAGUGUCACUAGAACGGUCAGUUUCCCAAGAGGACGCACAUCGGUAUCUUCAAGAAUAUUCCAUAGGUUUGGGUCCAUCAGAUGAUCCACGCUACGAACAGCGCGGAGUUAUGGUCAUCAAAAGUAAAGCGAAAACCCGAGCUAAGCAACGAAAAGGCGCAUUAGCUAAUUGGAAGAGAGUUGGAAAGGUAACUAUCGCAGAAUUACGCAGAAGAGGAAUCAGCGGUGAAGAAUUACGACGUCUCAUGUGGGGCAGAGUCUCAAUAUCGACCCCGACUAAAGCUCCUUUAGCGUGUGUGCCACCCCCAGAGUUAGUCGGUGCAACAGAAGGUCCUGGAACCGGAGUUGGGCCAGCCCUCUCAUCAGCCCUUAAUGUUAUGGCAUUUACGCAUGAUCUUGAUCUUACUAAUACAAUUCCAGAAAAUCAAAAGCAACCAGCACCUGAUCUUUUAGUUAAUGGACAAAUUCCAAAAGCAUUUCCUCCAUCGCAAGAUCUGAUCACAACUAACCAGAUAAGUUCACAGAACCUAUUAACAGUAUCGCCAAACCACUCGCAAGUAAAAACAGACCUAGAAAUCAGAUUACCUCCUAAUUUACAAAUGCCUCUUCAACCUCAAAUGCCAAAGGAAAUUGAUAUUCUUAGAGUUGAUUUGACUUCCCAAGAUCUUCAAAAGAUACAAAUAGUAAAACCCCCAGUUUUUGUAAGCGAAGAGGUAUACAGAGAUUACCUACGUGAACUAAUGGCAAUGGAACAAAAAGUUGAUCCUAAUAAUGAAGAGCUAAAAAUGUUAGCAGCAAAAGCCGCUGAUCUAAUUGACGUUCCGGAAAUUGAUAUAAACAUGUCUACUGCGGUUAAAUCAGCUCGUCUGGUGGUAGCAGGCGCAGUAUCUGGAUUAUUUGGAGUAGCGGCUGAUAUACCUCCCCCAGAUUCUGGUUGGAGGCGUGAUCGUCAGGAACACACUGACAGUGAUCCUGUACCUGACUCUAUAGUGCUUGGACGCGCUGCACGAGCUCGUCGGGCACGGUCGGCUUCCCGCCGAGCUCUGCCGCCACCACCACACCUAUACGUGCCAGCCAGGUCUAUGUAUUUAGUAGCAUCGGAAAGUAGUGCCGUUGAAAGUGACGUACCUAUUGAGGAUCAGCUCAGUUCUGGAAAUAACUCUGCGAUGGGAACAAAGCGCGAUCAUCGAAUGAAAGCGGCGAGGCCAUUAUGCAUACAGUAUGCUACAGGACAGGCCCAAGACGAGUAUUCAUUAUAUGUUAUCGAUCCAGGUAGUGGAGCUGAAGUAGAAAGCGCUGCUCCAAUUCGUAAAGUUAGAGAUCCUAAGAAAAAACGUCCAAAAACAGCUCGUCCUCGAUGUAAUAGAGUGUCUCCGGUGUUAGAUACAGGCAGUCCGUUGGAGCCCUGGGCGACAGCCUCAUUGUCGAAGAUUUCGCGUAUGAUACGCUCGAGUAGUUCUUCUUUGUCGAUGGAAACUCGUUCACCCGGAGAAAGUUCGACAGAAAAGUACUAAUUUUUUAAUUUCCUAGCAUUAUAGCUUUAAGUUAAAAAUAAAUUAUUUAUCUUUGAAUAUAUUUCAUGUUGAAUCAAAACUAUUC